AUGAGCCGCCUGCCGCUGUCAGGCGGUGUACCAUCAAAUUACGCCCAAAACCUAAACACCACCACCGCCGCCCGAUCUCAACAACAACAACAACAGCCUCAACUGCUGAACAAGCAGCGAAUGCAAAAGAACUCUCAGCAGCAAUUGCAGCAACAACAACAGCAACAACAACAGCAGCACAGCAGUGCCAUCCACCUUCAGUCAAACUCUAGUUUAUCGGUGCAGCAGCAGCAGCCAUCGAUUCACAGGACCACCAGUCACCAUAUGAUGAUUGCCGGCACUGUCAAUGGCAACGGCAAUGGCACGGCAGUGACUGGAACAGCUAAUGUAGCAGCAGCAACGGGCAACACCGUCUCCUUUGCACCGACUGUUGACUUUGCGACGGGCAAUGCAGCGGCGGCAGCAGCAACUUCAGCAGCAGCAGCCGCAACGACGACGGCUGAAGGAGCAGUGAGCAGCUCGGUGGACGCCUACCGCAAGCGGCAGUACCGCGUGGGCCUCAAUCUCUUCAAUAAGACGCCCUCAGAGCGGGGCAUUCGCUUUCUAAUCGCCAAUGGCUACAUCGAACAGUCGGAGAGCAGCGAGACGCAGGCCAGCUACGUGGCCCACUUUCUCCUCACCCGAAAGGGCCUCUCGCGGCAGAUGAUUGGCGAGUACAUUAGCGAGCCGGCGCCCUUCAACCGCCAGGUGCUCAAGAGCUUCUGCGGUGGUGUCAACUUGACGGGUAUCAUCGUCGACGAGGCGUUGAGAUCAUUUCAAGUGCACUUUAGAUUUCCCGGUGAGGCUCAAAAGAUUGAGCGUCUAGUGGAGUCCUUCGCCGACCGCUACAAAGAGUGCAACCCCGGGGACGUACUCUCGCGCGACUCCAUCUUCAUUCUCGCCUUCGCCAUCAUCAUGCUGAACACUGAUCUGCACAAGCCGACGAACAUCAAGCACCGCAUGACGCCCGAGCAGUGGCUGGCCAAUCUGAAGGGCGUCUUCCAGGAGGGCGACCUUUCCUCGCAGUUCCUCCUCGGCAUCUACAAGCGCAUCAAGAAGCAAGAGCUGCAGACGGGGGGCGACCAUGUAACGCAGGUGCUCAAGGUGCAGUCGACCAUCAUCGGCAAGGACACCCCAAACCUGUGCGUGCCCCACCGCCGCCUGGUCUGCUACUGUCGCCUCUAUGAGAUUCGCGACCUGAACCGCCGCGAAAAGGUCGGCCAGCAUCAGCGUGACGUCUUCCUCUUCAACGACCUGCUGCUGAUCACGAAGACCACUUCUCGGUCUCGGAAUGGCCAGCUGGCGGAGUACCAGUACCGCUCCUCCUGUCCGCUGGACGGCCUCCAGGUGUUGGUCUUCUCCACCGCCUACUACCCGAACGGCAUCCGCAUCAGCCGCCGGGUGGACAACAAGAUCAUCGCCUGCUUCAACGCCCGCAACGACCUCGACCAGCAGCGCUUCGUCGACGACCUCCAGGAGGCGAUCAAUGAAAUGGACGACAUGGAGCAGCUGCGCAUCACCAAGUCCAGCUCGCUGGUCACGCUGAAUACUCUUGCCAAUAGUGCUGGAGCAGGCAAAGGAGGAGCUGCUGAGGAAGCAGGUGGUCCAGCGGGUCCUGGUGGGGGCCCUGGCCUUGCCUCCUCCUCUUCCGCCUUCAUGGGAGGUGACUUUCAGCAAUCCUCACAGACGGUCAUUGCCAGUCCCACUGAAUCUUACUCAAUAGGCCCGACGUCGGCCAACUAUUCGAGCAGUGGCACAAGCGGUGGGGCUGCCUCCUCCGUUCCGGCCAAUGGGUGCGCCAAUCAGUCCCGAAGCGCUGCCAUUGCCUCCUAUUCCUAUGCGAACACCAAAUGA